UUUUGUCUUUUGUUUUUGCUCUGUUUUGUUGGGAUGAUCGGAUUGAUCAAUUGUGCUUAGAUUAAGCUGAAAUUUGGUGUGUAUGAUCUAUGUUAUGUGACCUACGUACCUGCAAAAUGUCAUCAAAAAAUUCCUUCGUUUGCCUAGUUAACCGUGGAGAUUAACAUCAUUGCCCUGUUGUGGCAUAGUUGGGGAAAGCCAUACAAAACAUAUCCAAUCACCAAAUCUGACUAUAUAUGGCCAUUUUUCCCUUGAUCUAGACUUGUUUGGGAAUCUAUCCACCAAAAUUCAUCCAAAUUGGGCGCGGGAAUCAAUACCAAAAAAAAUCAUAAAGAUCAGCCAAAUUUCAGCAAAAGUGUCACCCCUUGUUUUUGUUUUUCUUUGACUUGCAUCUUGCUAAUAUGUGUUUAUGGCUUUGUCUUCUUGAUUUUGUUGACCAAGGAGUAUACCUUGAUUGAUCCACCUCAAGCACUUAAAUCUUGGAAUUGGAGUUGUGAGUGUGAGUGAAUCCACCUUUCUCACAAUAUUCUAAGCCUUUGUCGAGAGUUAUUGGGGAGUGAUUUGAGGGGGGUUUGGGACAUCAAGGUUGAGUUCAUCUUCUUAAAUUCUACUUUCUUUUAUUACUAACCUCUAGGACUAGUUCCUAGUGUUUGUUUGAUUUGUAGGUACUUACUCUAUGCCUCCUCGCACCCGGUCCAACAAAAUGGCGGGGACAAGUGCGGAGGGGGAGGAAACAAGCAUGACUCACCCUACACCCGAUGGGGACCUUGUGAGCAUGAUGGCCCGAAUGAUGAAGGAACUCAAACAAGAGAUGAUGAUCCAGAUGGAUGAGCGAGCAAAAGAAUCCAUUGUUCAAUCAAAAGAAUCCGAAGCCCGCAUGCUUGCCGCCCAAAACACUUUAUUUGAGGAGUUCAACACCUUGAAGGGAGGCCGCACAUCUAGGACUCCUACUUCUAGGGGUAACAAUCUACCUAAUGUUUCCCCGGAGGAGAUGAUGGAAGAAGUGGUGUAUGAGGGAUGGCAAAGGGGGAAUGAUAGAAAUAGAGUCAAUCACAUGGAGAAUGAUCGGUUUGGGGGAAGAAAUGGUGCCCGUGGCCGUUUUAAAGGUGACUAUGAAUCAAGGUACCAUGGAGAUGGGCUUGAUAGAGGAUAUAGUGGGAAAAGAGCUCCCAAGUCUCAUGGAGAGUGGUAUUCUAGGAGGGUGAGGGAUCAAGUUAGCCAUAAGGGGUUUGAGAGGCCAAUUGAAGAAGAAGUCUCAUAUAGAACUCGAUUGAGGCCUACCUACCCACAUGGUGGUGUUGACACAAACCAAAGAGGUAACUCAUCAUGUAAUUUGGCUACACCCUCUUCUUUCCAUUUAUCACAUAAGUCUCUUGAUGUAUAUGGAAAUGUCUCCUCUUCGAAGAGCUUAAUCCAAAUUAGUAGAAAAAAAGAACGAGAGAGAGAGAAAAGGCUUGAGAGUGAAUGUGAGUCUAAAAAGCCAAGAGAGCGUGAUAAAAGACAAGAGUGUGAGGUGCAAAAGUCAAGAGAGAGUGGUGGGGGUGAGAGAAAAGAAAAAUAUGAAAUGAGAGAAAAACCACAAGCACAAGUGAGUAAAGGGUGCUUGUUAGAUUCUAAGGUCAACCUUGGGUGGGCACCAAAUGAUCCUUUGCCUCUUGCCCUUGGUGAGGAAACUAAACCCUUACCCACUAACACUUAUUCUAUGUCUUUUUGUGUUCAUGAAUUUGUAGGAAAUUUAAUUGAAGGCAUGGAAGUGAGGCAUCAUGUUGUACAUGGCUUGGAAACUACUCACCUGGAGAAGGAAAAAGAGGAACGAGGGCAAGUGGAUGAACUCCUUGCCCAAGGUUCAAGUGUGCGGAAUCCGGAUUUGAGGGCAAAUCCUUUCCAAGAAGUGGAGAAUGAUAUGACCAUGAGUGCUAGACAUCAAGUGUCUUCACCUCGACGUGAGCCAUGGAUUGAUUGGGGUCCAAGGAAGAGUGUGAAGAAGUGCCAAGGAUUCAAUAAAGCUAGAGGGUCUCCCGAGGAUGCGAGGAAUAGAGAAGGCUUGGAUUUGAGGACAAAUCCUUUCCAAGAAGGGGAGGAUGAUACGAUCAUUGAAGCCGUGCGUCAAGGAUUUCAACUACAGCUGGAUUCAACCAGAAAUCGUCCUAUCGAGAUGAUAUCCGAAAGCUAUGAAACUACCAUCAUCGUCUUCGUCUUGGAAAUAGCUUCGCGUGGGUAUCUUGCACAUCUCAAUCGGAGUCCGAAUGAGGGAGUUAUGGCUGUUUUACAGAAGUCGCGCAAAACUGGCGAGGGAGUCCAGAGAGAACACCCGCCCUGGCGAGGGAGUCCAGAGAGAACACCCGGGCGGGUGUUUUGCACCCUGCAAUUCACCCGACCGGGUGAAUCACCCGAGACUUAGUUUUUGAGGGCCUUUUUACACAUUUUGGGCCCUUAGUAUAAAUACCUUUUGAUGUCAUUUCUUUUCCUAGAUUUUGAUGAAAUUAGAUGCUUGAGAGCUUUGUUUCCUCUUGGAAAGGGUUUC